GCUGGGGCUAUCAGCAGAGCCAGAAAAAGGGCCAAUGGCUGCGGCUUAGGUGGCGGUGCGGUGGCCGUCGGGAACCCGGAAAGCCAUUGGAUGGCCAUGGGUCUACGCUGUGUGGCAAUCCGGACCUGCGGGCGAGGUAUCGAUCCGGGCUCCCCGAGGAUGGCCUUUCGCUUGGGGGCCCGCGCUGCAGUGGCCGUCGCUGCCGUCGUGGCGCUGCUCUCGGCCGGGCUCGCACUCUUUGGCCCGCCGCUGGACUCAGUUUUCCAGAGCACGUUUACACUGUGCACGGCACACUCAGUGGAGGAGAUGGACGGCAUCCUGGAGCUGGUGAGGAACAUCGUCCCUCCCCUGGCGGCCGGCAAACACAAAGGGCAGGACGGCCGCAUCGGCGUCGUGGGGGGCUGUCAGGAGUACACAGGGGCCCCGUACUUUGCGGCAAUCUCAGCCCUCAAAGUGGGUGCGGAUCUGUCGCAUGUGUUCUGUGUCCGGGAGGCGGCACCAGUGAUCAAGGCCUACAGCCCGGAGCUGAUUGUCCACCCGGUGCUCGACAGCCCCAACGCGGCACAGGAGGUGGAGAAGUGGCUGCCCCGGCUGCACGCCCUGGUGGUGGGGCCCGGCCUGGGCCGAGACGGGCUCCUGCUGGACAGCACCAAGGGGAUUCUGGAAGCUGCGAGGGUCAGGGACAUCCCCGUGGUCAUCGACGCAGAUGGGCUGUGGCUGGUGGCUCAGCGGCCAGCGCUCAUCCUUGGGUACCAGAAGGCCAUCCUAACCCCCAACCACAUGGAGUUCAGCAGGCUGCACGAGGCCGUGCUCAGCGGCCCUGUGGACAGCACUGACCCCCGCGGAUCCAUCCUGAAGCUCAGCCGGGCCCUGGGGAAUGUGACUGUGGUCUUGAAGGGGGAGCAGGACCUCAUCUCUGAUGGCCAGCAGGUGCUUGAGUGCAGCCACAAAGGCAGCGGCCGCAGGUGUGGGGGACAAGGGGACCUCCUGUCGGGCUCCCUGGGCGUCAUGGCGCACUGGGCCUUCCUUGCGGAACCGGAGAAGACAAAUGGCUCCCGCCCGCUGCUGCUAGCCGCCCUGGGCGCCUGCUCACUCACGCGGCAGUGCAACCGCCAGGCCUUCCUGAAGCACGGCCGUUCCACCACCACCAGCGACAUGAUCGCCGAGAUCGGGGCCGCCUUCCGCGAGCUCUUCGAGGCCUGAGCCGACCGGGUGAGGGGGCUGCACGGGGUCCGCAUCUUCCCUGAGUGCCAGGGUGUGGCCCUCGUGAACCAGCUGAUGUGGGGCUGAGGGGUUCAGGGUGCAGUAGGUCGGUCUGAGCUUGGAGGCGUCGCGAUGCUGUUGAGCCUUCCUGCACAUGUGCAGCUGAGAACACGAGAACCCCGCGGGGGGGAGGCAGGUGUUCUGUCUGCUUCUUGUCCCAAGGGGGCCUCCUUUUCACCUCCCUUCCAAGCCGCGCCUCUCAGGGAUCCAGUCGUUUCACGUGUCCAAGUGCGGAUUUGUCCCAGAGGUCCCCGGAGGCCAAGGUGUCUGCUCCAAAGCUCACUGUCUUCUAAGCAGUGCCGGGCUGGUGCAUGUGGGUUCAUUCAUGGAGCGUACACGACCCCAAGUGUGUCACUCACCGAGAUGGAUUCACUUUAGCCCCUGGGAGGGUGAGGGGCGCAGUGGUGCAGGCCGGGGGGUGCAGAGCCCAAGCCCCGCUGUCCCCCUCUGCACACUGAAACAGGGAGGCUGCAGCCCACACCCGGGGAAGUGGUCAGCGCUGCACCGGGAAGAGGCCUCACCAGGGUGGUGGAGCUGCAGCUCACAGGGGGCCGGCAUGCAGGCUGUCAGUGGCCCUGACAGCAGCACAGCGCGUGUGCUGAGGAGAGCAGAAACCAGGCAUCAGUGACCGCAAGGCCCUGUGGUACCCAGAACCCCGGUGGCCCUGUUCCCAUAGGUGGAGAGCGGCCGACAGAGGCCUUUCGCCCUUGGCCAUUGUCCGGGGGCUGCCAUGAACCAGGUGCCACUCGAAUCCUUGCGCUGUUUGAAAACUAAGCUUCGAGAGUUUGAAGAGACAGCUUUACCUGUGAAGCUGUGGAGCAUCGUCCCGAGCUGCGAACUGUCCUGCGGACACCAUGCCGUGGCCGGCUGCAGACGGCGGUCGGCCACUGACACUGGGCUGCCUGUCUGCUGAACCCACCUUCCCCAACCGAGUCAGCUGCGCUCAGCCUCUGGGCAGACAGAAGCAGCUGAGGCCAUCCAUCUGUCUGUCCACUGGUGGUGGCCACCAUGCUGCCCGUGUUCCCACUGAGGUCAUUUAAAGAGCAACCCUGAACAGCCACUUCUUUCCAAGGGAAUAAAGUUCAGCAGUCUAGGAACUA